CUGACUCGAGCACAUGCAGACGGAGAGGGAGAGAGAGGGGGGAUGAACAAGGCGUACACAUGUGAGGAUCUCCUGAACUGCCGGGCCGAGGCAGAACUGGUGAAGACAGAGGAAGAAGAGGAAUAGAGGAAUACUGCAGUGACCAGCCAGCUUCUCUCACUCUCUCUCUUUCUCUCUCUAUAUUUCACUCUCUUUCUUCCGUGCUGCUUCACUGCUUUCAUCACCCAGUCUUCUUCAUCCCCUUCUCUCCCCCUCUGCCAAUUAUACCAUGAACCUGCCUGCUGCUUGUUGCUAAGGGGGACCCGACCAGGGGGAGAGCGGAGAGUGGACCAGACGUUAUUUUGUUUCUAAGGACGGAGUGAAAAUGGCAGAGGGGACCAAAGACCAGGCAGGCGUCGGCACCACUGAUCCAGAGGAGGAUUCCCCGAAUAUGAUCGUCUACAGAAAGAUUGAAGACAUCGUAACACGAAUACAAGAUGAGAAAGCAGGAGGUGUAUCCAUUCGCACUGUCAAAAGUUUCCUCUCCAAGAUCCCCAGCGUGGUAUCAGGGACAGAGAUUGUACAAUGGCUGAUGAAAAAUCUCUCCAUUGAGGAUCAAGCUGAAGCCAUCCACCUCGGGAGUCUGAUCGCUGCCCACGGCUACAUCUUCCCAAUCUCUGACCAUGUGCUGACUCUCAAAGAUGAUGGGACUCUUUAUCGCUUUCAGUCUCCGUACUUCUGGCCUUCAAACUGUUGGGAGCCUGAGAACACAGACUACGCCAUUUACCUGUGCAAACGUACCAUGCAGAAUAAGGCCAGGCUGGAGCUGGCCGACUAUGAGGCUGAGAACCUUGCCCGGCUGCAGCGGGCUUUCGCCAGGAAAUGGGAAUUUAUCUUCAUGCAGGCUGAAGCUCAAGUGAAGAUAGACAGGAAGAAGGACAAGGCCGAGAGGAAGAUCCUGGACAGCCAGGAGAGGGCGUUCUGGGAUGUCCAUCGACCAGUGCCUGGCUGUGUCAACACCACAGAGAUGGACAUCCGCAAGUGCCGGAGAGAGAGGAACCCACACAGGGUAAAAAAGUCUGUUUAUGGAGUACCAGAUGAUGGGCAGAGCCAGCCCAGUCCGGUUCACAUCAGUUCCCAGCCCAUCAGGAAGACCACCAAAGAGGACGUUCAGAAGGAGAUUACUUUCUUAAACAGCCAGCUGGACAGACACUGUAUGAAGGUCUCCAAAGUGGCAGACAGUCUAAUGGGCUACACGGAGCAGUUCAUGGAGUAUGACCCAUUUGUGUCAACAACAGAGCCCUCCAACCCCUGGAUCAGCGAUGACAUGGCCUUCUGGGAUCUGGAGGCAAGUCGAGACCCCAGCCAGCAGCGUGUGAAGAAAUGGGGCUUCUCUCUGGAGGAAGCACUUAAAGAUCCGGCUGGACGAGACCAGUUCCUGAAGUUCCUGGAGUCAGAGUUCAGCUCAGAAAACCUACGGUUCUGGUUGGCGGUGCAGGAUCUGAAGCGGCGGCCACUCCAGGAUGUAUCCUCACGUGCUCAGGAGAUCUGGCAGGAGUUUCUGGCCGAGGGAGCACCGAGCUCUAUCAACCUGGACUCUCACAGCUACGAGAAGACCAGCCAGAACCUCAAAGACCCUGGACGCUACAGCUACGAGGACGCUCAGGAGCACAUAUUCAAGCUAAUGAAAAGUGACAGCUAUGCACGCUUUUUGCGAUCCAACAUCUACCAAGACCUCCUGUUAGCCAGAAAGAAGCAGCCAGCAGACACUGAACAGGGCCGCCGCACCUCCCUGGAGAAGUUCACCCGCAGUGUGGGAAAGUCGUUGACGGGGAAGCGCCUGACAGGCCUCAUGCAGUCGUCCUGACACAUCCUGAACUGCAGGAGCACAGCCAGACCCUGUAGGGGGGUCGACAGCUGCACAGGGGCACAGACAGUGGAGCUGGGCUGGAUGUGGCUGCUGUGGAGGCUAACAGACUCUGCUUAGAGGACUGUGAUGUUACUGGUAGUACUGGUGCAGCACUGGGCCUGAUGGGGCCGAAAAACAGAAUCACAAAGGGAAAAGACGAUAUCAAAGAAAGCCUCAGACGACACUCAAACACUCACAUGGCAUGAAGUAAACCAUAUAAGCACAUUCAGAGCAGGCCUGCCCUCUUUUAGACAGCGCCGACUGAGCUUGUGUUGUUUUGAUUUUGUUUUAUGUACAUGUGUUUGAAAUUUAAAGCACAAAUCAGAUAUUAGAACUAUAUGAUUUGAUGCAUUUGCUAUUGGUUAAGUUUUCCUAGAACAGCUGGGCCCAUCCUAACUCAGAAAUACAUUAACAAAGCAUCAGUACUGAUACAAAACUACAUACUCUGCAUAUAACAAUAUAACCACACGGCAGCCAGCAAUAAAUAAAGCAUUUGCCAUUUUUCUGUUGUUAGAAAUAUAUACAGACUUUUUUAUAUCUUUGAAAUUUCUAAUAAAUGUCUGUUCAGUACUAAGCACAUGCCAUUUGAGAGAGGUUUUGGAAGAAAUACAAAGUUUUUUUAACCCAUAAGCUUUAUUGAUUACUGUCCUUAAAGUGAAGAUUGUGAAGAUUUAAUUUUCAUGCUUCAUUACAUUCCAAAAUCCGGCAUAAGGGCUUAAUGUAGCAUCCACACUGCUCCACUGCAUGUGUCAGCCAAACUGUCUCUGUUGAGGUUUUCUUUCUACAGCAGUGCUUUGUAGUGAAACUCGAUGUGAAUGCUUUCACUGCUCCCAGGCGUUGAGUUCCUAAAUCUUCAGGCUGCAGAAUCAAAUCAGUCUAUUUGAGAAGUCUGUGUGACUGAGAAGCUUCAACACAACGAUGCUUCAGUGAAUCCUAAUGAUUUAAGAUUUAGCAGAAAUUAUUUACAGCUAUUAAGCUCCUGCUGUAGUGUAGGCUUCAUGUUUCUAGUGCCAUGGGUCCAUCUAGUGGUGGUUAAACCACAGGACCAGCAACACGGUAUUACAGGAUUAUAUUCAGCUGUGGUCAGACCAUGAUGUCAACACUUGUUAUUCUGGCAGGAAUCAUUGAUGUUUAGUUGUUUCUGUUUAUACAGCAUGGAUAUUUUAUUUUUUACUUUAUCUAAACAACAAAACCUGUCCACUUUUGUUUAGCAAAUGUAUGCCGUGACUCUCCACCUUAUAAUCGUCAUCUGUGUAGUUGACUGUGGGCAAACUGGUGCAUGUUAAUGGACAAUAACAUGUUAACAUGGGGGAACUCUCCAAAGAGGGACGUCUGAACCGGAGCUACACUCCUCGCUCAUUGGAAGUCAAAGCACUGAAAUGCAACUGGAGACAAUAUUUGGAUGCCACACUGGACAUUACGGUGUUUGUCAGUGCUUCGCUGUGGCUUCACACUUCUUCAGAAAGAAAGCGCUUAAACUGAGAGGUUGUGCUUUCACAGCCCCACAUGAGGCCAGUGACCACUGAAGUCCUACUGCUGGAUGGUUGAACCCUUUUUUAUUUUCUAUUAGAGUCGUUGCAAUGCACUGUACAGGUCACAUUAAUCAUCAUUGUUCCAUUAACCAAUAACCUCUUGAGUAUAAAGUAGAGAGAGAUGCUUAACUCGAGUCCAUGUACCAAAUGUUAUUCUCAGCACAGACACAAUGACACUAUGUACACAGUGCAUUGUAGAAGUAAAUCAGCUACAGGUCAUUAUUCAAGAGCACAUUUUAUUAUUAUGAUAUGGGCACAUUACUAUGCAUGUAACACAUUCAGGGCAUUUUGUGCUUUUAGUUUCUCAAACAGCAAGAUGACUACUGGCACACCAAACACUCAAGCACCUGCUGUCUAUU